CUCCACACGUCAUUAUGAUGUCCAUAUUUGGGAGCGGGCAGGAAGUCUUUUUCCAGCCAAUUAUACACCGUCGUAAUCCGUAAUCAACAUGGUAACAUGCGAUGUAAACAUUCUCGAUGUCACGGUAGAUACCGAAAUCAUGCGACACAAUGGCAGCGAUAGCCACAAUGUCGCCCUUGAGAGCGAAAUCUAUGCAAAUAUUGCUUCUUGCACUCUUUUCAUUAUUCAGCCGCCACUUGUUCAUGCCUUUUGCGCCAAAGUGUCUGGCUCAGCAGUUAGAGAGGGGUCCUUUCUUCUCAAAGGCGAGCUCUUGUUCCGGCGAUAAAAAAUGUCACGCGGGGGUGAGGGAGCACCCUGCCGGCCGUCUGGGUCUCCAGCCUAUUGAUCCCCGAGGUGGUCGCUGGUGCAGUCGCGCGUGCGCCCCGCUCGAGUGUGCAUGCAUCCCCAGCGGCUGGUGCUCGGCAGCGGCCACUGAUGGCCCCACGAGUGGCCAAACGCAUGAAGAAACGGCGUGAGCUGGACGCCCUGGUGGCUUCCGGCAAGGCACCAGCCUCCUCCUACUGCUCCAGCGACGAGGGCCCCGACGGAGGCCUCCUGUUCGACGAGGCGCGUCCUCGCAGGAGGAAGCCUCGUCGCGGCCUCCGGGCCCUCAAGGCUGGCUGUGGCUUUUGCGUAGUGGUUGGCCUAUUGCUGGCCGCCGCAGCUCUCACCUGGCUGCUGGCCGACGUCCGAGCUCAGGUGGCCGCACUCAGGGCCCACCUGGACAGAGUGUCUUCUAGUUGUGAUGGAGUGAGCAACGAUUUAUUCCAAUGCAGAUCGAGUUCAAGGCAAUUGCAGCUCAACCAAACCCACUUGGCCGCCCAAAUUGAAAAUAUCACCGCCUUCCUGGCCAACAUGUCCACCAGGCUUAAUAGCGUGUCUGAUGGUCUUCAAGAAGUUCAAAAGAGGGUGCAAGAGGCGCCCCAGCUAAUGACCAUUCCAAAAGACCUGAAGGACUUGUCCAACAGUGUGGCUGACCUGGGAAGUCAGAUAGGUGAAAUGAAGUCCACAACGAAACAGCUGCAGGAGCAGACUGGUAACAUGUCGUCCAAUUUAACUCACCUAGAGGCGUUUAUUAGUGAAGUGAACAGCACGCUGCAGAGCAGGCAGUUGUCAGCCGCUUCAGUGGCUGGAAAGGAGGCUGAGAUUUCCAAACAGGUGGAAGAACAGGAGAAAUGGGCUAAAGAACUUGCCACCUUAGCUAAAAAUGUGUCUCAAAUCAACUCAACCCUGAGCAAUAAACUGGAAUGGAUCAGGGAUGACUUGAGCAAGGAUCAUAAACUGAUCGAGGCUCUGCAAGAUCUUGGGCAAAACCUGAGCGCCAAAGUUACCACCCUUGACGCGGAAAGCAACCAAAUCAGUGAGCAACAAAAGCUCAAUACAGCCUCGUUCAACACCCAAUUGACCGGGACGUCAACCAAACUGUCGGACUUUGAGACCAAAAUGAGUCGGUUGCAAGAUCAGUACAGGGAUCUGCAGGCGAAGCAAGAGUCCGUCUUUCACAGGCUGGAUCAUUUAGACUCCCAGCCUGUCAGUCCACUUCCCUCCUCCACAGAGUCUGUGGUUCCAGUCCCCAAAUCUCCAGUUUCUUCGGCCUUACCUACCACAGUAAAAGCCAAGGAGAGUCCAUGAGUGCCAUAGCAAUCCUUGACUGUCAACAUCUUGAUUCGGUUAAUCCUAUCAAGCAGGGUGGAUCACAGAAUUAACAUAUGGUUUGCAUUUAUUACUGGAUUGUUACGCAGCUUGAUACUUGGCAAGCACAAGGACGUUGUUAUUUGACCCUGCCCCUGAUUCACUUACUUAACAUAAGGACCUGACCUCCCUUUACUUAGUGAUCUUUAGAUAAAGUCUUUAUUUGUGUCUGUUGGAGCUCUGGACAAACCCCAGGAAUCACGAUAUGACAAAAGACAAUUCGUGUAUUCAAUAUCAAGUCAUUUUAAAUUUUAAUCUAGAAUUAUUAACGACUGUUGAUUAAAUAAAUUUUAGAAACAACGAAA